AUUUAAUUGUAUCUGGGAAAUAAGCUAAAAUAGGCUUCAAAAUGAAUUGAAUAUGCAUAAACUGCUUCAAGAAUCUAGCUUUAUUUGAAAAGAUAGCAAUUUUAUUGAAGCGAUUCUCUUUUUCAUCCUUUUCAGCUUCUGGGACUGUGAAAUAGUAACACACAGGGUAGUGUUUUCUGUACAAUCAUUUACAAUGUCUAUUUUAACGAAGUUACGCUGCAUCACACUUGAUGUUACUGGUACACUGAUUGCUUACAAAGGAGAGCUGGGUGACUAUUAUUGCAUGGCAGCCAAAGCUGCUGGGCAGCAAUGUCCUGACUAUAAGCGGGUUCAUGAGGGUUUUAAACUAGCAUACACAGAAAUGGCAAAGAAGCAUCCAUGUUUUGGAUUUGCUGAAAAGAUUCCUAACAUACUGUGGUGGAAGACUUGUGUCAGGAAUUCCUUUGUUCAGGCAGGUUAUGAAUAUGAUGAUGAAACAUUUGAGAAAAUAUUUAGACGCAUAUAUGCUACUUUUGGUUCUUCUGCACCUUACAGCAUAUUUCCUGAUGCUAUACCGUUCCUCAGAUGGCUCCGUGAGAGGGGCGUUACGGUUGGGUUGGUCAGCAAUGCUGAGUAUCGGUAUCGGGAUGUAAUUCUUCCUGCAUUAGGCUUGAAUCAGGGAUCUGAGUGGGAUUUCGGCGUAUUUUCCGGUCUUGAAGGUGUUGAAAAACCAGAUCCAAGGAUAUAUGAGAUUGCCUUGAAGAAAGCAGGAAAUGUAGCACCAGAAGAAGUACUUCACAUUGGAGAUAGCUUGAGGAAAGACUACUUACCUGCGAGAAGUGUUGGGAUGCAUGCUUUGUUGUUGGACAGGUUCAAGACUGCUGAUGCUGUCGAUUGGAGGAAAUCUGGUGCCACUGUGCUGCCUGACUUGAUCGCUACCAAAGAAUGGCUUACCUCUGAAAAUUUGAAAUGCAGUGACCUGUGAAAGUCCUGUUUGAUUAUUUUCUUGCCUAUAAUGGUAGGUAGAUUUGUAUUACAAGAAUGGUUAUGAGUUCUAUGAAUGUGAUGAGGAAACAUUUAGUUCAAUA